AUAUCGGAAAAUUAUUUUGGGAGAGAUUAUGCCCUUAUGACCACUGCACCAGCUGACAUCCCUCAUGGCACCUACCUUGUCUGCUCAGGCAGCCUGCAGGUGAGGCUGGUGGGGAGCUCUGGGCGCUGUGCCGGGCAUGUGGAGGUCUAUUCCGGUGGCAGCUGGAGCUGGGUGUGCCAGGAAGGCUGGGAGCUGCAGGACGCGGCCGUUGUGUGCCGGGAGCUGGGCUGUGGCACGGCACUGCAGGCCCCGGGCUGGGCGCGCUCGGGUGCCGGCACGGGGCCGCUGUGGCCGUACAGCCCCGAGUGCUCCGGCCCGGAGGAGUCUCUGUGGGAAUGCGGGCGCACGGAACGGCGCGAGUGCGGGCGCGGCGGCGGGGCAGGGGCCGUGUGCUCAGAGCAGCUCUCCGUGCGGCUGGCAGGGGGCCCUGGGCGCUGCCGGGGCUUCCUGGAGAUCUCCUACAACGGCACCUGGGGCCGCGUGUGCGCCAACGGCUCCAGCCCCAGCACCGCCGCCACCGUCUGCCGCCAGCUGGGCUGUGGGCACCGGGGCUGGCUCUUGCCUGUCCCCGCCCAGGAGCCGACCGAGGCCUGGCUGGCCUGGGUGGGCUGUGAGGACGGGGCCCGCUCGCUCUGGCAGUGCCCCUCGGCACCCUGGCACUUGCAGAGCUGUGGCACCGACGGGCACGCCCACGUGGAGUGUGAGGAGGACAGUGAUGGCAGCACUGCGGGACACACUACCCCCUAUCCGGAGGGUGCCACCAGCACAGGGGUGCCCAGAAGGAGGCCCCCGGCAGUGGCCGUGGGGCCUGUGCCUGUGCCCACUGUGCUGUGCGUGGUGCUGGGGACGCUGCUGUGCCUGUCCCUGGGUGCCCUGGCGCUGCUGCUGUGCCGUGCCCGGCGCCGAGGCCCUGGCAGAGCUGCAGAUGCCAUCUCCAACGCUGUCUACGAGGAGCUGGAUUACAAAGCCAUGCACGAGUACCAGGAGGCGCCCACUCCCCCAGGUUCCCUGUUGGAGGGAUGGGUGAAGAAGCUGCCGUAUGACACCGGGGACAGCGUGGAGGGGAGUGACACCGAGGCAGCCCCAGAUCCCCCUGCCCGGCCCGAGCAAGGAGCCCCGGAUGGCUACGACGAUGUCCUGGAUGUGCCCCAGGAGCUCCCCGCUGCCAGCACUGGGGACAUCUCCGAGGGAGUGGCACGGCAGAGGUGGAUCUGUGUGCUCCCCACAGGCCCCCCAGGAGCCACCAGAGACCCUUUGGAAGAGCUCCCUGGACACAUGGACUAUGAUGAUCACGCCGCGGUGGCAGGGCAGCCGGGCCAUGGCCCCGGCCUGCGGCACGUCGUGCUCCAGGAGGUUCCCGAUGUUCAGGCCGGGCCGCAGGGCCCGGAGGGCGUCCAGCUCCUGCAGCAGGGCCUGGCUGAACCCGUCCGUGCUCAGCCUGGGCGUGGAGGAGGCAGGAGCAGAGGAGAAGGUGUUGGAGCUUGUGAGGAACGAGGUGCUGAAGCGGCCGCGGUGCCGGUGCGGCCCUGCCUGUCCCGCAGCCUCCGCUGCCCGGCUCGGGAAUGCCGGGCAUGGAAGGGGCCGGGGCAGGGCCCUGACUCACCCCAGGCUCCUCAGCGGGCAGGCGGGAUGCCGGAGCUGCUGGCAGAGCUGCAGGACGCCCUGGGCUCGCAGCUCGUUGUCACUCAGGUCCAGGCAGAGGCGCAGGCGAGGCUCAUAUUUGGGCACGAAGCAGGUUAUUGGAGGCCGCGGCCCCGCAGCCGGGAGAUGAGGCGCCUGAUAAAGGCUGCUCCCCCCGGUGCUGCUGCUGCUGCGUGCACUGGCUCGGGCGCCGGCAGAGGUGCCCUGGCCGCGCUGGCUGGGGGCCGGUGGCCAUGGGGCCGCUGCUGGCUCUGGGGCUGCUCGUGUGCGUGUGGCUGUGCGGGGGUGAGUGUCGGGCGGGCGGGAGCGGGGCCCGCGGCGGCGGCGGGCCCGGCUCAGCAGCCUCCGUGCCGCAGGCUCGGGGAGCUGCGGCUGGUGGGCGGCGGCGGGCGCUGUGCCGGGCGCGUGGAGGUGAAGCACGACGGUGAGUGGGGCUCCGUGUGCGUCUUCGACUUCGACUGGGAGGCUCGCUGGGCCGUGGUGGUGUGCCGGCAGCUGGGCUGCGGCCGGGUGGCCAGGGCGUCCCUGCACGCCCCGUUCGGGCAGGGCAGCGGGCGGAUCUGGCUGCAGCCCUUCUUCUGCGUCGGCACCGAGGAUGCGCUGGAGCACUGUCCGCACUUCGGAUGGGGACAGCAUUUCUGCGGCCACGAGUGGGAUGUGGGCGUGACCUGCACAGAUGCCGUGGAGCUGAGGCUGGCGGGCGGCGGCAGUCCCUGUGCCGGGAGGGUGGAGGUGAAGCUGCAGGGACACUGGGGCUCGGUGGCAGACGACGGCUGGGACAUGGAGGAUGCCGAGGUGGUUUGCCAGCAGCUGGGCUGUGGCUCGGCUUCCGCUGCCUACAUUGCCCGUGGCGCAGGGGACGGGCUCGUCAGCCUGGCCCUGGUGGACUGCAGAGGGGACGAGGCCGCGCUCUGGGACUGCGAGAUCCGUGGCUGGGGACCCUAUAACAGCAGCAUCCAUGAUUUCGACACUGCCGUUGUCUGUCAAGGCUUUUCCCAGCUGGUCGGUGGCGAUGGAGCCUGUGCCGGGCGGCUGGAGGUGCGUCAGGGCCGGGCCUGGGUCGGUGUCUGCGAGGAUGAGGUGGACAUGGAGGCGGCCCAGGUGGUGUGCAGGGAGCUGGGCUGCGGCGAGGUGAUCGCCAUCCCCGGCAGUGGCCGUUUUGGGGCAGUGUCGGGAUCGCUCUGGGACGGGGGCUUCCAAUGCAACGGCACCGAGCCCCUCCUCAGUGCCUGUGCGCGGCGUGCGCCCCAGAGGCAGGGCUGCAGCGGCCCUGGCAGCGUCAUCUGCUCCUCCUACACGGGCUUCCGGCUGGGGAACGGCAGCUCGGGAUGCUCGGGGCGAGUGGAGGUGGCAGUGAGGGGGACGUGGGGCUCCGUGUGCGCCAGCGAGUGGGACCUGCCCGAUGCGCACGUCCUGUGCCGGCACGUGGGCUGCGGGCGCGCCUUCAGCGUGCUCCCGGGAGGCUCCUUCGGCAGCGGGGAGGGGCCGCUGCGGCCGGACGCCUUCGGCUGCAGCGGGAGCGAGCGGCACCCGGGCCAGUGCCCCGUGGCCGUGCUGGGGAAGCCGCCCUGUGCCCCCGGAAACGCCGCCGCCGUCAACUGCUCAGGUGGUGCCCUUGUCACGUCCCUGAGGCUGGUGGAUGGUCAGAGCUUGUGUGAUGGGCGGCUGGAGGAGACCAUAACCAGCCCGGCCUGGCGCCGUGUCCCUCUGGCACAGUGGAAGUCAUGGGAUGUGCACAUGAUAUCAGCCCCAGCGAGGUGGACAUCAUGA